AAGAACACAGGAAAUGUUGAGUGUUUAACACAGACCAUUGACCAGUCAGUCAGUCAGUGAGUCGUUACUGAAACAGGAUGGAGCUUGGUCCACUCUCUGUGACUGUCUUGCUGAUUAUACUCAUCCACUAUGGACAAACUCAAGAAAAACCCAAACCAGCAGUGAGGGUGGAGCUUCAGAGGGCCGUCUACACCGGAGACACUGUUACUCUGAUAUGUAAACUGCAGCUCUCACUCACUGGAUGGAAGUUUCUCUGGUACAAAAACUCUCAAUCAGAUCAUCUGCCUGCUGUAGAUGAAAACACCAACACAAUCAAUAUAACAGUGUCUAAUACAGGAACAGAGAAGUAUAAAUGUGUAGCACGCAGAGGAGAAACCUACACAGAUUACAGUGAUCCAGUCAAGAUUACAGUCAGAGAGAGACCAAAGGCUAAAGUGAAAGUGCAGCCAGCUGAGCAUGUGUUCAUCAGAGAGAGAGUCACUCUCACAUGUGACAUAGAAGGUGGAGAUGUCUGGAGUUACGAGUGGUUUAAGAAUAAUAAACGUCUCAGUGAAGCUGAAAGGAGGAAGAAAUAUGAAAUCUCUAAUGUUGAUCAGUCUGAUGAAGGUGAUUAUAGCUGUAAGGGAACAAAGUCAACAGAGCCGCGCUACUCAGAGACCAGUGAUGCUGUUAGACUGACUGUAUCAGCAGUGAGACCCAAACCUAAACUCACAUCAAGCCUUAAAGGAGCUGCACUGACAGGAAACUGGAUUCUGGAGUGCAGGCUGGAUGAAUCUGCUGGAUGGAGGUUUUACUGGUUAAAACACACACAGAAUCCUCAGAAUGAGAUCAAGACUGAAACUCACUUCUACACCAUCAGAUCAGUUAGUGUCUCUGAUGAAGGUCAGUACUGGUGCAGAGCUGCAAGAGGAAGCCCAGCCUACUACACACAGUACAGUGAUGCACUCUGGGUAAAUGUCACAGAAAGUCCUAAAGCUGUGGUCUCCAUAAAGCCUGAUAAACUUGUGUUUAAAGGAGAGACUGUCAUUCUGAGAUGUGACAUUCAGGCAGGAGGAGACACUGAGUGGAAAUACAGCUGGUUUAAAAAUGAUCAACGAUUCAGCACAAACAGAACAACACAGGAGUACAUAAUCAGCUCAGUUACAGAGUAUUACAGUGAUAAAUACACCUGCAGAGGAGAAAGAAAAAGUGACUCUCAGAACUCAGAGAUCAGUGAUGCUGUUACACUGACUGUGUCUGGUGCAGCCCAGGCAGUACUGAGUGCGUCUCUGCAGAGCUGGCUGACUGAAGGAGACUCAGUGACUCUAUGCUGUGAGGUUAGAGACUCCUCUACAGGCUGGACGUUCAGCUGGUACAGAGAUGAUGAGGAGCUCCUCUCAGACAGUAGAAGAGAAGCUGGAGGCUCCUUCACUCUCAGUCCUGCUGCUCUGAAUCACUCUGGAGUUUAUAAGUGCAGAGCAUAGAGAGGAGAACCAGCCUUCCACACUCAGAACAGCAACACACAGCCACUGUGGAUCACUGGUGAGGACAUUUAUACACAUUAAAUUGACAGUUUGUGAGGUAUAAUAAACUUGUAGCUGCACUCUUUAGGCUUCUUACUGACUGUAGCUUUUCUGUUUUUGCACAAUUCACCAGCCCCCCUUCUACACUGUCCAUCAGUGGAAAGAGGCCACUGUAGGACCACUGCUGACCACGUGAAGAAGUGACUUAGUCCUGUGGUUGUGGCAUGUUAGUGUGUGGUAUGAGUGUAUCAGACACGUCAGUGUUUCUAGGGUAGUUAUACAAUGUGGAGGCUUACUGGCCACUUUAUUAGAUACACCUGCUUUGUUUGUAUCUUGUAUCUUGUGGGUGCAUGGUUAGAGACUAUAGAGCUAGAGAUUUUGACUAAAAAUGUGUUAUAACCUGUUGAGUAAGCAUGUGAUUAUUUUGACAUAAGUAAUUAUUUUGAAUAAAUCAGACAUUAUUUCAACAUAAUAAGUUAGAUCUAUGAGAAGUAAGUAAUUAUAAUUAAACAUAUAUAGAUUUUGGGCUGCUAAGAUAAACUUGAGUGUAACGCCAAAUGCCUUGGGAAAUCCUGUGAUAUUGUAAGAUCCUUGUUUAAUUUCACUCAGCGCAUCCUGGUUGUUUAGAAAAUUUAUGAUUUUUAUGAAACCUGUGGUGAGUGUAACCUUUAUAGCUGAGUGUAGGUAUGUGGAGUGCAUCAAAGGAUGGCUGUGACCUUUCUGCCACUGAAGCCACAGUGUACAGUAAAUAACAUAGUAACGUAGCUUUAGUAAUGCAGGGCUUGCGCAGAUGAGAGAGCUUUCUCUUAAUAUACUUUAAUAAGUGUUGUAGGAAAUCUAGUUACUGUAUAUACCGUAACUAGUGAAACAAGCACGGAGCACACAGCUCAGAACUCAGCAGCUGUAGUUAUGAGAGGGUGGAGCCAGGGUGGAGCUGAAGCUGAGUAGAGCCAGCUCAAAAUGGGAGAGUCUAUGUGAGGACGCUCCAGAGAAGACUUGGUGGAGCAGAAGUGAGAACGAGGGAGUCAGUCCAUGUGCCAUGACAGAGCCCUGAAACACAGAACGGACUCGGCACAAAGUCCAGAGGUAGGGACAGUCUAGCAAAUCAGUCCACAGAAGGGGCAAGGCCAGGGGGGGGCAGGAACUGCAGGCAGUGAGGCAGAACUCAGGCGAGGUUGCUGGGCCUUUCUCGAUGAUCUGGUCAGCAAAGGUCGACUAAUCAGGUGACUGGGCGGCCAGCUGGUCAGGAGCAAGAGACUCUGAGAACAGCAGGUCAGCAGACCUCAGUAGAGGCUGCCUGCAGAGGCGGUUUCAGGUAUGAUAAAGAAUUUAAACUCCAAGUGUGAGUAGAUCCCGUUAUUACGUGACACAAACAAACUGGACUGGUUUGUGCUUUUAUACAUAGCAGAAACACAAACUAAGGAUGAAUAUGUGGUUGAGAAAUGCAGGUAUCACUGUAAGAGCUGGAGAAUAUUUUACUACAAGCUGGCAGCAGACUUGAAAUUAUAAAGAGAGUAACUUGAUGUUGAGCUCCCGACCUGGAAAAUUGCUUUAGACUGCAAAAAAUUAUCUCUAGAGGCAAAACUAGAUUGAAAUCGGGCUAAAAACCAUGUAGUGUUGGCCCAGCUUCAGUCAGUCCUGUUCUGUUUUUCAGGUUCGUCUUCUCCAGUCUCUGAUCAUCAGCCCCAGCAGAACUCAACACUUUAUUAAUGUCUCUCUCUCCCUGAGCUGUAAAGGACAGAGUGAGUCUACUGAAUGGAGAGUGAGACGAUACACACACAGUGGGAAGGUGUCAGAUUGUUUAUCAGAUAGAAGAUCAGUUACACGAUCUACAUGUAACAUCAGCUCUCUCUCCACAUCCCACACUGGAGUUUACUGGUGUCAGUCUGAAUCUGGAGGGAGAAGUUCUCCUGUCAACAUCACAGUGCACAGUCUGUCUGAUUCACAAGCUCUAUUCUCAGUCCUCAGUCUGCUCAGUAGUCUACUGGCAGUGUCUCCAUAUCUGCUGGUGUCCAUCAUACUGGGAGUUAAAUGCUACAGAGCUCGAGCUAAACGUGAUGAGGCAAACAGACCAUAAACACUGAUAGAAGCUGGACCAUCUUGUUGAGUGCUGAAUACUAAGUUUCUACAGUAUUAUUAUUCUAAUCUUGUGUGCUUUCUGGACCAUAUUGGAGACCACUCAAUCUAACAGAGCAGCUGUAGAGGCUUUUAAAUAACAGCUUCACCCACCGAAACAUCCAGCAGGUCUAACUAAAUGGUGCUGUAGUGCUGCUCCAUAUUGAGCCUUUAAACUUAAUUAAAUAAUUAAAAUGAGUUUUUAUGAAUGACUUUUAUUCUUAAUACAUGCAUAUGCUACACAUUUUGUGCCAAUAUUUUUUGUCACUUUUUCGGCUUUAUAUUAUUGGGCCUUUCUGUGUUCAUAACCACCUGCUUUGCUUAUUUUAUAUAUUGUACUUUCUUAUACUGUACAUUGGACUUUCAACGAAAACAAAGGAUCACCAUAUGCAGAGUCCUCUAUUUAGUCUGACAAAUGUUGUAAUUUGUGAAAUGAUCAUUUUGUGACUUUAUGACCA